GACAGAGGAUGUUGGUAUUCAUGCCUUCGGUUGUCAUGGUUGCAUAGAUGAGAGACGAUGAAUUUACCUAUAGUCCUAGGACCAAAGCUGCAUACGGAUACACACCGCUUGCGCAAGACCUUCUUUACACCUUCAAGGAGUUUAUCCAUGGUCUUCCAACGUCUAAUGUCGCGUCUCUACUUAUGGUUUCUUCUUUUCUGUAUCGUUCUUCCUCAUUGGGAAAAUUCGUCGGGUAGGAAGCCUUGGGAACGCCUCAAUUCUAGAUUACAGUCACUCCCUGAUUUAAGCCCGACUAGCCUGUCACUGGGCGACAUGUAUCUCAUUGGACAUUAAGGGUCCAUCCCAACAAUCGAUUUGUUGUAAUCUGGUCUCUCCAGGUUCUGAGGCAACAUAGUGCUAAUCUUCUACCGUAUGUGUUCCAAUAGAUGCAUGUGCGUCUUGGCGACAGCGGAUACUUGGCCAUAGGGUUCCAAGCUCUAUGUGGUUGGCAGAGAAAGAUGUCAAGUCAAGGUCUGCAGGAUGACGUCGUACUGAACGAAAAAUGAAUCUGCAAGUAGUUCAGCUCAGCGGGCCCUCUAAAAUAUAUGGGUGUACGUCUGCAAG